UCUCCGAUCGAUGUUCGGAGAAAAAGAUGCAGAAACUGGAAACCUAAGAAAGAAGAAUACAGAACGAGAAAGUGACCAACAGCACGUAGGAGAAGAAGGGGAGGGAUGAGCUGGAGCGGAGCUUCAACAAUUCUAAAGAAACCAAAAGUAGAGGAAGAAGAAGAAGCAAAUGGUAAUCAUAACAACAACAAAGAAGACGAGAACACAUCAGAUACCAGCAGACAAGAGCAAGAAGAGGCUCUUCUGGCUUUGAUUGAGCACCGUACCAAAGAAGUUGAACAUCUCAAGUAUCGUAUCUCCUAUUACAAAACUCAGCUUGAUGAAGCAGAAAAGAGAUUGCGAGAUUCAGAAUCUAAAUUGGCUCGCCUUCGAGGCCAAAAUAAUGCAAUUUCAUCCAAAAACUAUGUGGCUAAUGGGAGUAAAAGAGUAAAGGAGGAGCGCAGAUCAACCAGUCCAGUACAUGGCAGUGAUGGUCCUUCGAAGAAGUCGCAUCCAUCUCGGCCAGAACUUUUGAUUCCUGCUGCAAAACCAAAGAAUUCUGAACCUGUAUCAGCAGUGACUGGAGGCAAAACUCUGACAAAUUCUGGCUCGCUAGCCAGUCCCUCUACUUUAAUCAAUGCUGUUGCAAAAAUAAAAGUGGAAAAAUCUUUCAAAACUCCUGAUACAGAAGUUAUUGAAAUUCGAGACAAGGGGACAAAAAGGAAACUUGAACAAAAGGAACAUCAGGAAUUAAUUCCAUUGAUACGCAGUCGUGGUUCACCAUGCAUAAUUCACUGUAAUACAAGUAAUCAUAUCUCCAGUCAGCAUAAGAGAAAGUUGAGAAGUCUUAUUCUGUGUCCAGUUAAUAAUCAGCUCUUUGUGACCAGUGCUUUGGAUGGAAUGGUUCACUUGUGGCAAGUUCAGUCAAGGGGGUCAGGUGCCUCUUUGCUUAGUACUACCGAUUGUGUAUCUCCAAAGCAGAGGAGAUGGCCAGAAGAUAUCACAUGGCACCCAGAAGGAAACAGCAUUUUUGCUGCGUACACUGCUGAUUCUGGAGAUUCUCAAAUAUCAAUAUUAAACUUGAACAAAACACAAGGGAGAGCUCGAGUAACAUUCUUAGAGGAUAAACCCCAUGUUAAGGGUAUUAUCAACAGCAUAAUAUUCAUGCCUUGGGAAAAUACAUGUUUCAUCACUGGCGGCAGCGAUCAUGCUGUGAUACUUUGGAGUGACAGAGAUGCAGAGGACUCAUGGAAGCCUAGGGUGUUACAUAGGAAUCUACAUUCCUCGGCUGUUAUGGGAGUGGCUGGGAUGCAGCAUAAGCAAAUUGUGCUAUCUGCUGGAGCAGACAAGAGGAUUUUUGGCUUUGAUGUACAAUUAGGAAGAGCAGACUUCAAACAUCAAAUAGAAAGUAAAUGCAUGAGUGUGCUGCCAAAUCCCUGUGAUUUCAAUCUAUUCAUGGUUCAAACAGGGUAUCCAGAGAAACAGCUUCGGUUGUUUGAUAUCAGACUACGACAAACAGAAAUUCACUCAUUUGGAUGGAAGCAAGAGAGCAGUGAAUCACAAUCAGCUCUGAUAAAUCAGUCUUGGUCUCCUGAUGGUAUGUACAUCACCUCUGGUUCAGCAGAUCCUAUGAUCCAUAUGUUUGACAUCAGGUACAAUGCUCGCAGGCCAUCACAGUCAAUAAGAGCUCAUCAAAAACGUGUCUUUAAAGCUGUUUGGCAUUAUUCACACCCGCUCCUGAUUUCUAUUUCUUCGGAUCUGAAUAUUGGACUGCACAAGAUCACAUGAAGUAACAGUCUAAUAGUUGUUUGAAUGAGACCUAGAAAUGUGCUCAAAAUCUUUUUUUCCAGUGUAUCUACGUUAGAUCUAUUUCCCCUUGUUUUGCAAUGAUGACCCUGAUAUAAAAAAGAUUUUGAUAAAACAUCAAGAGAAGGUGGUAUGUGGUAGGAGAGAGAGAUUUUUUAUUUUCAGUUGCAAUACACACAUUUUAUGGAAGAGGUAACACAUUCACAA